CUCCUGGGUGGGGUGGGGAGGUUAAUCUUGGGUUUUGUUUUUCUGCUCGGCGGCGCCACCUCCCUUCCUGGUUGGCUCUGGAACGCGGCCCGGAGCCUGCGCCCUGCUCCUCCUCCAGAGGACUGCUCCGGGCUGUGGCCCUUUCUCCUCCAUUCGCCGCGAUGUCGCUCGCCAUCCUCGUCCUCCGGCUGGUUGUCGGCAUCCUGGCGUUUCCCAUGUAUCUGCUGAACCUUUUAGGCAUGUGGAACUGGAUAUGCAAAAAGUGGUUUCCCUACUUUCUGUCGCGGUUCACGGUGACAUACAACGAGCAGAUGGCGGGCAAAAAGAAGGAGCUUUUCAGCAACCUGCAGGAGUUCGCGGGCCCCUCGGGGAAGCUGUCGCUGCUGGAGGUGGGCUGCGGCACGGGGGCCAACUUUAAGUUCUAUCCCCCCGGGUGCAGGGUGACCUGUGUCGACCCUAAUCCAAGCUUCGAGAAGUUCCUGUUCAAGAGCGUCUCAGAGAACCGGCAGCUGCAGUUCGAGCGCUUUGUGGUGGCCGCUGGGGAGAACAUGAGCCAGGUGGCUGAUGGCUCCAUGGACGUGGUGGUCUGCACCCUCGUGCUAUGCUCGGUGAAGAACCAGGAGAAGAUUCUGCGCGAGGUGUGCCGAGUGCUGAGGCCGGGAGGUGCUUUCUACUUCAUGGAGCACGUGGCGGAUGAGCGGUCCACCUGGAAUUACUUCUGGCAGCAGGUUCUGGAUCCUACCUGGCUCCUUCUGUUUGAUGGAUGCAACCUAACGAGAGAGAGCUGGAAGACUCUGGAGCAGGCCAGCUUCUCGAAGCUCAAGCUGCAGCACAUCCAGGCUCCACUGUCCUGGGUUUUGGUGCGACCCCACAUCUAUGGGUACGCUGUGAAAUAGUGGGAGGGGCACAAGGCCGAAUCACUGCCAGGGCUCAAGGCUUCAGUUUAGAUGCAAACUUCCACCUGGGGGAGGCGAAGUCCACUUUAUUCUGUUUAACCAUUUCUACAUUCUCUCUCAAAACCAAAUCAACUCUGUGAGUUCGAGGCCAGCCUGGUCUACAAAGGGAGUUCCAGGACAGGAUCCAAAGCUACAGAGAAACCCUGCCUCGAAAAAACCAAAAAAACAAAAACAAAAACAAAAAAAACAAAACAAAACAAAAAAACAAACAAACAAAAAAAAACAAAUCAAAGUAGCUUUGAACCCCCUUAAAAGCCACCAAUGGUCUCUAAGCCUUUGAUAAUAAGGCAACCGACAGCUGGCAAACCAAACAAGUCAACUCCAGCUAACUGAAAAUCCAUGUCUGACUAACAGAAAAUCUUCCCCCCCAGAAAAUGAAAUCUGAACCCACUUGCUACCCUGGUGUCUCUGCUCUGGCUUUUGCUGCCCUGUCUGCUCAGGCCAGCAGUUUUCUGUCUUUUGGUUCAGUGUUUCACCAAAUCCUGCUGCACCACACGGUUUUUAUGCGUGCAACGCACCGAUGCUCCAGCGUCACCGCAGGACUGCACCCGGGCACUGGCAUUCUGGGGCUUAUUAUCCAGUACGUGUUUUGUUGAACAUAAGAGACUCUAGGCAGCGAAAGGGUGGCCCCUGCAUUAGGGAAAAUGGGCACACUGUGCGGGGGACUCUAAAUGCCACCCCUAAAUGUAGUGGGCAGGGUCUGGGGAAUUCUUCUGACCAAAUUCCCCUGGCACUGAACUGGGUGAGGUGGUGCACGCCUUUAAUCCUAGCACCUAAGAGGCAGAUUUCAGUAGAUCUCUGAGCUCUGGGCCAGCCUGGUCCACAGAGUGAGUUCUAGGACAGCCAGAGAGACACAAGAAAAUCUUGGGGGUGGGGGGGUGGAGGAAAAAGCCCUCUGGUCCUGGAAGGAAAGCACAGACAUCAUUGUGUAUGCACUGAGAAUGAGUCUGGGUGGGCCACUCGAGGGUCUCGGCUACAGUUUGUAUGUAUGUAAACAAAUAUAUUUUCUGAGACGCAGAAGUCCUAUUUUGAACAUCAAAUCAAUAAAUUCAUAUUCCUUUAAGAAAUGGAAAU